AUGGAUUUAUUAGUGUCAAAAGUAUUAAAGAAAGUAUUAUCUAAUUACAUUAAAUCAUGUCCUGACCUUGGAAGUGGAAAUGAUAUUAAACUUGGAACAAAUAGUUCUGUUCAAUUAAGAAAUGUCCAGUUAAAAGAACAAGUUAUUGGUAAAAUGAUGAUGUUACCAAAAGCUAUUGAAAUUGAAAGUGCAGAAUGUAAUGAAAUGAAUGUUACUGUUCCAUUAUCAUUAAUGAAAAAACCUAUUAUAAUUGAAAUUGAUGGGGUUCAUGCUUCAGCAAAAGAAGUUGACACAGAAAAUAAAACAAAAACUGUUGUAAUAAUUAAAUCAACAACAAAGAAGUCAAAAAGACAAAUUAUAGAUACAAUACUUAUUAAUGUUAAUAAUUUUAUAUUUGAAUAUCAAAGUAAAGAUGUGAAAAUAAUUAUUUCAUUUGAAUCAUUUUGUUCUUAUUUUGCAGAUAAGAAUUUUAAAAAAAUUAGUGAAAUUGGAACAGAAGUUGCUGAAAACAAUGUAUUUACUUUAAGAAGAGUUGUUGAAAUAAAAAAUUUUAAUAUGAGAGUAAUUAAAAAUAACAAAGAAUUCUAUUUAAUUAGAAAUAUGAAUAUUGAUGGUAAAAUUACUCAAAUUAGAGAUGAAGAUACUUACCAAUUAAUAGAAACAAAUGUGUCUUUAAAUAUUAAUAGAUUAAGACUUGUUUUAUUAACUGAAGAGUAUAUGACUACUUCAUCAUUUAUAUCUCAUUUUAUUAGUAUUUAUACUUCUUCUUUAUUAUUUAGAAAUGAUGGUAUUAAACAAAAACAAGAUCAUUCUGGAAAAACUAUUAUUUCUAUAAGAUUAGGAACAUUUGAAAUAACUGUUAAAAAUGAAGGUGCUACUGAAAUAUUAAGACUUGUUACAGAACAAUUUCGUUCAAAUAUUUCAAUUGAAAAUAGUCAAAAUACUCAUUGUAUUAAUUUUUCUAGUGGUGUUGGAAUGGUUGAAAUGAUUUAUGAAUCGAAUGGAAUAGGAAAAAGAGUAUUAAGUGCUUUUGGAGAUAAUGUAUUUAACACUAGAAUUAAUGUAAUAAUUAAUGAAGGAAUACUUAAUAAAAUAACAAUGAACAUUUCAUUAGAUGGAAUUGAAAUAUCAUUUGAAAGUGCUGUUGUUUUAAAAUUGAUUGAUUUUAUUAAGUUAACUAUUAUAGAUAAAUUAAAUAACUCUCAACAAGAAAAACAAAUUAAACAACAAUCUGAAAGCACUAAAAAUUUUAUAGAAGUAUCAAAAUUGAUUGUUAACCUUCUUAGAAAACAUUUAACUGUCAUAGCUCAAAAGUGUGGUCUUAACUCAUUUAUGGAUAUUGUAGAAAGAUUAGACAUGACAGUCCAAAUAAAGAAUUGUAUUUUGAGUAUUCCAUUUGAAGAGGGUGGUGGUUGUAAUAUGUAUAUUGAAGGAAUAGAAUUUAAUAAUUCACCAAAAUUUUUAAAUUUAACAAUGAACAAAUAUUCUAAAGAAGUUAUACAAAGGGAUCUUAAUUAUGUUAAAGAUGGAAGAAAAAUUAAAUAUACAGUUGGUAUUGAUGGUAUUAAAAUUAUUCAUGUUAAUGAAAAAGGAGAGAAAAAUGAAAUUGUUUCACCAAUAAAAGCUAUUUUUAAUGGAGUAACUGAAUAUGAGCAUAGUCCUAUACCUUUAAUGAUUGGAUUUGAAGGUAUUAUAACAAAUAUUCAAAUUAAUUUAAAUUCUAUGAUUUAUUUAUCAUUAAAUAAAUAUUUCACUCAAUUAUUUAAAUCAAUUAAUAAUGCUAUUGGAGAACAAUUUAAUCAAAUUGCAAAAGAAGUGUCUUCAAAAUCAACAAGUAUUAUUGAUUCAACAAUUUCAUUUUUAAAUAAUUAUUUAUUACCUUUAUUAGAUAAAAGGGAUGUACCAACAUUAUGUUCAAGUAUUAUAAUAAAAAAUGGUUCAUUUGAAUUACCUUUUACAACAAUAUUAAGUGUAACUCCAAAUGAAAGUACAUCUGAAUUUAUCUUUAAGAAUUUAUCAUUUGUAUGUGUUGGAGAUUCUCUCCAAAGAGGAUUUUGUUUAUUUAUGGAUAAUUGUAAAUCAAAUCAUGUUGAGAAAAUAUUAUCUCCAUUUAGUAAUAUAAUAACAAAACCAUUACCACAAGAUGAACAUUCUAUUUCUAUUUCAACAAAUUAUGAUGUUGGUUGUUUAUUAAGUAAACCAAAACAACUUCAUUUUAAGAUAUCAUUAUAUGGGUUAGAAUUAAGAUUUGAUUCUCUCUUUGGAAUUGAUAUAAAAGAUUGGAUUAUAUCAUUCAUAGACCAUCCUGAACAUAUUAAAACAACUACUAAGUCUUUACUUAAUAAUUAUAAAGAAACACGUAAAUUAGAAAAGAAGCCAGAAAUUGAAAAAAUAAAACAAUUCAUUAAAAGUAUUUAUCAUGGAUUUACUUGUUCUCUUUCAUUAUCAGAAUGUAGUUUUGAUUGUGAAGAUGUACAAUCAAAGGUAUCACUUAGUUCACAAAGUCUCCUUGUUGAACAAUGUAAUGACUAUACUCAAAAAUUGUCUUCAGAACUUGCAGAAAUUCAAAUGAAAAAUUUCAUGUUAGCAGAGCAAAAAGAAGAGUUAACAAGACAAAUUGCUCAAUUUUCUAAGAAAAAGUGA